AUGCCUUACAACACCACGGCCAUUCCUCCACGGAAGGAAGCGGAGGCCACAGGACAAACUCAACUGCCAUUAUCGAGGGUCAAGAAGAUUAUUGGAACAGAUCCAGACAUUGCGAUAUGUUCUAACAAUGCUGCCUUUGUCAUCACCCUCGCAGCCGAGAUGUUUGUCCAGCACCUGGCAAGUGCAGCUCACGACGCCACGAAGCUAGACAGCAAACCAAGGAAGAACAUCCAGUAUAAGGACAUUGCCAAUGCCGUGGCGGCGAAUGACAAUCUCGAGUUCCUCGAAGAUGUCGUUCCCAAGACUCACACGUACAAGUCUAUUAGGCAAAAGGCACAGGAGACCAGGGCUAAGUUGAAUUCGGAGUUAGGGCUUGAGGACAAGCCCCUAUCCAACGGAAAGAAGCAAAAGCUCCAAGUCAACGGCGCAAGGGUGAUGAAUGUCAGCAGGGCCACAGAUGAACAGUCUGAAGACGCCAAUGCGCAACUGGAAUGGGAAGCGAGUCAAGCGGCGGGUGAGGACGUGCUAAUGAGGGACUAG